ACAUUUUGUGUUUUCUCUGUAAAGCCACAGUCAAUUUUUAUUUAGCAAUUUGUUGUUAACUGUUAAAUGAUCUGUAGUCUCCAUAAAUCCAAAAGUGGUAGGUAAAUUUAACUUAUAUGCAUAACAGUGUUAUUACUGUUGGCCAGUGCUUAAACUGAACACAGUGUGCAUAUACAAGAUGGAUAAAGCAAUGUUAAUGUAUAUAAAAAAUAUUUUCUUAUGAGCAUAGACCUGCUUCCCAUAACACCUUGACAAGAGCACACAUCUACUAAAGGAGAAUUGCUAUCAGGCGGUUGUAAAACUACAAAUAGAACCUAACUAAACUACAAAUAGAACCCAGCAUACUCGGCCUACAUCUGAGGCCCAGGGGAAGGGCUUGGAAGAGCGAGAGAACGUGAUGAGAUGAGCGAUUGUCCCUGGAACCUGGUGCAGAACUCUGGCUGGGUGUGGCAGGCGUGGUAACUCCGUGUGGUAAAGGCCAUCAGCUGAGAGCAGUCCAUCAGCGCAGUGCAUUAUGCGCUCCUCAACUGCUCUAGACUGAACCCCACCUGUUCGGAUCCACACAAGGGAGCACUCAUGCCUCGUCCCCACCCCAUUUCUCCGGCAUGCAAGGCCCACCAUUAGUGCCCCUCCGAAACCCCCAGGGGCACUUGAUGUGACGGCUAUAUAAGGUCUGGCUGGCAGCUUCUACAGGGAAGGGGGGGGCAGAGCAUCUUUUAUCAGUGCUGCCAUACUGAGGAAUGCCGAGAUCCUCCAAAGAAGGCCAUGUUCUGGAAUGUUCUGGCCUCCUCCCAGACCCUGCUAUCCAGAGGAAUCCCCACAGACACGGUACGCAUCAUAUAUAUUAAACCACUUCCAGAGGGGCAGCAGUCUACACUGUCAGUAAGGCCCAGUGCGAGGGGGUGAGAGAGCGAGAGAGAGCGAGAGAGAGCGAGAGGACUCCCGUCAGGACCGUCUCUGGAACCCACCCAGGAUGUCCGUGGCUGUGGCCAAAGCCCCUCCUGGAUUCACCCUGGACAUCACCGACCUGCAGAUCCAGGAGGCAGCUAUUCGGAUCCAGGCCUCGUACCGAGGACACAGGUCGCGUAAGGAGCUGCGGGAGAAGGGUCCCCCUAAGAUCCUGCAGGCCCUGAAGGACGUGGUCCUGCUGGAAGGGAGCGCCGCCAAACUGGAGUGCAGGGUCAGCGCCUUCCCCGACCCCUUCAUCGUCUGGUCCAAGGACGGCGCCGAGCUGAAGGACGGCCCGAAGUACCGCUACGUGUUCGAGGACCCCGACGUGGUGGCGCUGGUGGUGCGCGACGGGACGGUGGCGGACCUGGGCCAGUACACCGUCACGAUCAAAAACACCUUCGGGCUCGCCACCGGCUCCGCCCGCAUCAUCGUGGAGGCUCCUGCUAAAAUUACAAAAGGCCCAGACAAUCUGAAGGUGGUGGCCGGAGCGACCGUGGUGCUGAAGGCAGACAUUAGUGGAGAGCCGCCUCCAGAUGUGGGCUGGCUCAAAGAGGGCGAGGACAUCGAGGAGGAUGACAGAGUGUUCUACGACAUUGGGGAGACAAGCACCAUCCUAACCAUCAAACAUGCACAGCAUUCAGACGCUGGAAAGUACGAGGUCUUCGUGGAGAACAACCUGGGAACAGACCAGUCCUUCACCCGUGUGGACGUCCUAUGAGACAGAGAGAUGAGGCAACUCUCGCUCCCUCUCACAGAAGCUAUCAGACCCCCCCAAGAGACCUUGAGACUGUCAGUCCUACCCGACCCCCUCCCUUCCCCCACCCUCAAUGACAAUCUUUAAUUGCUCCUCUUUCAUUCUUCAGCAUGACAUACAAGCCCAUUCAGAUGCAUGACCUAUACCAAAGAUUGUCAUUAAUAACAGAACAGGCAAGCAUCACUUGCUUAAGAUUUCUUUUUGUCUUUGCUCUCUUAAAAGAAUUUUUGUGCAUAUAAUUACAUUAGGCAAUGAAUAUAUGCUUUCAUCACAAUUUCCUAUUAAAGGUUGUUCCGGAUUAUUGUUAA